CCCGCCCGCGGCAAGCUCUCUCGCCGCCGCAGACCUCAUCGACCGAGUCUGCGCGGCGCGCCGCCCGCUGGCCGCGCCGCCCGCCCGCCCCUGCUAUGCCCGGGCUGCUGGCCGCCAUGCCGCCUGCCAGCGCAUUGAUGUUCGCGCUGUGUUUCCGCAUUGCGGGCGUCGCCGGGGCGGGGAAGGGCGCCCGUCGAAUGGCCCGCCCCGCGGAGGGCGCGCUACCCCCCGCGCUCACCAAGGGGGGGAUCCUAGCAGCCUAUCGCCACAUGGAGAGUCAAAACCCAUUUCCCGAGGGGGUCGCGCGGCGCGCGGCGCCGCUGAUGUGGGCCAUCGCGACUGCGCUGGGGAAGGCGACGUCGCUGCACCCCUCCUGCGUGCACGUCCACAUCCUGCUCCUCAUUGCGACGACGUUGGGCGCCGCCCAGCUCAAGUGCGGCGGGAUCCUUGCGCGCCACUGCAACCUGCUCAUGCUGCAGCGCGGCGAGCCGGGAGAUGGCAAGUCCAUUGCCUUGUGGCUCGACGUUCAGAUCCUGUCCUACUACGACCAGGUGAGAGAGGCCCGCGCCAAGCGGAGGUACGAUGCCGCUGUCGAGAGGCAUGGGCGAGACCCGGAGACCGAACCCAAGCCAGAAAAGAAGCCAGAGAAGGCGCAAGAGGAUGCCGCGUUCUUGGCGCUGCACGAGGGGAAGACGCGGAUGCCCCAGACGUUCGACAGUAGGCCUGGCGGCGGGAUUGAUGACCUCAACCAAAUCCACGACCACGACCUCUACAAUAAUCACCCCGGUAACAGCCAAAACAGGUUCCGCGUCAGGAGCCCGCGCUUGCGCGGGGCAGUCAUGAUGCGCGUCGAAGAGGAUGAUGACCAGGCGCAGAAACCAGACUCAACAGCGGGCAUGAUGCGCUUCCUCGUGGGCCACUUCAUCGCGGUGGUCAUCAAGAUCUUGCCCGACUUGCCCCCGCCGCAGCUUGCCCGGAUCCUGGAUAGCGACCCGAAUUACUUCAACGAUCUGACCUACGACGACGUCGUGGAAGCGCUGGGGGGGGGGGUCAUGCUGGUCUCGUCUCUUCUGUUCCCGAAGGGCAAGGAGCGCCGUGACGAGAGGGGCUCGAGCGACCGCUUCUCCAGAGCUCGCGGGGCGCACUUCCUGCCCUGGGCCCCAGAAGUCAAGGUGCACUUCCGCGCCGAGUUCAACGAGUCUGCCGAUUUCGCCCGCGGCGAGGCCCGGCCGUCCAAGGGGGAAAACGAGGGCAGUGGAUAUUCCGCCGUCCGGAAGGACAUGACGCGGACGCUCCAGUUCAUCCCGCCGAUCGACGCGGGGGAGAAAGUGGUGGCAUUCCUCCUGAGGAAGGCCGGCAAGAGUGAUAACCAGGUACAGGAGAUGACUGGGGAGGAGAUUGUGGAAUGUUUGGGAAAGCAUGCCCACGCGAACAUCGAUGCCCUCUUGGACGACUUGGACCCGCCCCACAUUCCCCCCGAGGUGACGCGGCCAUCAGCUGACGCCGCCAACUUCCAGAUGACGGCGCGCGCCAAGGAGGUAACCGAAGACUUCAUGGAGGCCCGCGCGCGUUUCGCAUCCAUGCCGCCCCCCACCCUCGCGUCUGCGGAAAGGCUCGUAGGGCAUGAUAUCGUGUCUAAUGUGAACCCCAUGCUGACCUUGCAGCGCAUCGCCAACAAUUGGAACGUCAAAGCCUUCGCGCAGAACCCCUUCACCACCGACGCCGACAUCCCGGCUUUGCAGCUGGAUUACGUCAUUCUGACGCACAUGGGCUUCCUCCUCGUCGUAGACGGUCGCGUCACUGUGGUUGCGUGCGCGGCCGACAGCGAGAGCUUCGUGAGAGCCGCCAACCGCGUGAUGAAGUGGGACCCCAGCGUCGUCCUCCGCGACCUGCGCGAGUUGGUGCCCGAGGGCGCUGCGGGCGCGCGCGAGGAGGGGGGCCAAGGCGUGGCCGAUCAGAUCUGCCCAGGCUUAAAGGACAUGCUCGACGGCAAGCCGGUGGAUCUCGACCAGCUCCGCGCUCUGGAGGCCCCUCUCGUCGCCGAGGUGCGCGGCCAGAGCGUGCCGGCGUCGCAGGUGGGCGCCCCUCCGCCCGCGGGCCCGCCGAGCCAGCUGGGCGCUUCGGCCGCGACAGCGUCGGGGCUCACGCAAGCCGCGCUCCCGGCCGCAGACGAGGCAGCAGCAGGAGCUGGGGGCUCUCGCAAAAGGAUGCGCACUGAGGCCCCGCUGGCGGAGGACAGUUUCGAGGAGGAGCCCGGGCUCAAGAAGAGGAUCCUGGUGUCUAUCCUGAGCAGCGCUCAGAACCCGCACGCGGCUGCCAAUAACAAGUCCUCGUUCACUGGGGCCACCCCAGAGGUCAUCGAGAGCUCCAUGCGCCUGAUGAUUCGGUUUGCCGAUUCCGCUGGCUUCGGAACGCUCCAACGCGGAGGGUCCGCGGUGCAAAUGCACCAGGUGCCUGCCGAGCACAAAGACGCUGUUCACCAGGAGCUCCAAUCACGCUUGGGCCUUACGCCAAAAGGCACAAAGAAGAUGAAGGAUGCAAAUGAUGCUCGGGUGCCGUCGUCGGACUUCGACUUGGCAAACUUCAUGAGCAAGGCCUCCCUUCUGGGGGACAUCUUGAAGAACGCCGCCUGA